CAGCCGGUCGGUGGUCCUCCCGGUGGUUGUCCUGGUGACCGACUGAGAACAUGAAACACGAACCAGAUGUUGGACAGGAGCCGUCGCCUAGGAGACGAGCUGGAGGACAGACAGAGACAGAGACAGAGACAGAGACAGAGGAGCAGAGGGUUGAUCACCCAGAAUCCCUUGCGGGCGGCACCUGUGAGCAGCAGCUCUGCGAGAAGACGAAGGUGAAGGUGGAGGAAGAGGAUGGAGACUAUGGUGAUAAAGACCCGCGUCAGGAUCCAGAACCCGGUCCAAAACCGCCGUCGACACGCAGCCGCAGAGGGAGACGAAGAAAACCGUCCGACGAGCCGAAAGCUCCGGCGCCGGACGCUAAAGCGAAGAAGGAGCAUCAGUGUGACGAGUGUCCGAAGAGCUUCGACCGGCCGUGUAGACUGCGGAUCCAUCAGAGGACGCACACGGGUGAGAAACCGUUCGGCUGCUUCGACUGCGACAAACGCUUUAAGAGUAAAGCCAUCCUGUCGGCGCACCUGAAGACGCACAGCGGCGAGCGGCCGUUCUGCUGCCACGAGUGCGGGAAAUGUUUCCUGCAGCGGCAGGCGCUGGCAGAGCACAUGAGGACGCACACGGGGGAGAGGCCCUUCACCUGUCAGCUCUGCAGCCUCAGCUUCUGCGCCAAGAGCCACCUGCAGCGCCACAUGCUGACGCACACGGGCGAGCGGCGCCACCAGUGCGUGGAGUGCGGGAAGUGCUACAAGAGGAAGGAGCACCUGAGCAGCCACAUGCGCGUCCACAGCGGCGAGCGUCCUUUCAAAUGCAGGGAUUGCGGCCGCAGCUACAGGGAGCGAGGACGCCUCGUGCUGCACCUGAGGACGCACACGGGGGACAGUAAACGCCACGCCUGCGCGCUCUGCGGCCUGCGCCUGGUGUCGGCCAAUCACCUGCAGAGACACAUGCAGUCGCACAGCGGCGAGCGGCCGCACCGCUGCAUCGACUGCAGUAAGUGCUUCAGCAGGAAGGACAAGAUGGUGGAGCACAUGAGGAUCCACACCGGAGAGAAACCAUACCAGUGCUCCCAGUGCCAGCUCCGCUUCAGGUGGAAGGCGGCGCUCAACGCGCACGUGCACACGCACGCUUUGGAGGAAGAGCAGCUCUGAUUGGACGGCCGGGAGGAUCCGCUCUCUGCGGUCUGUUACGCUAAUAUA